CCUCGCUAUCACCGGCCGGGAUCGAGGGCCCUCGCUGCCCUUACCCGGGCCGGAGAGCGGCGGUAGCCCACGGCGCUCCGCCCGCCUCAGCAGGUGGAGGAGAGGACCCCACCCCCACCCCGCCGCUGAGGCAAUGGCGGACGAGGCGCAGGGCGCCUGGAGCGAGGAGGCGGUGGAUUACUUUCUGAGGUCGCAGCGCAUCAGAACGAGAGACGGGGCGGCCAUCAGGUGGUUCCACGCCGCGAACAGCAAGGCCCGAGCCGCGGAGGCCGCCAGAAGUGAUGUGCAUAUGAUAGAAGCAGAUGUUCUUCUUCGUGGUGGCAAGGGAGGAAAUGGAGACCCUAUCAUGGCUCAUCCGCCUGAAACAGACAGUGACAACACAUUGCAGGAAUGGCUAAAAGAGAUCGUCAACACAAAUAAAGGCAUCAAGCUGGAUUUUAAGAGCCUAGAAGCCGUACGGCCUUCCUUGGAGCUUCUUGAAGAUGUGAAGCAGCAUUUGAGGCAACCCGUUUGGAUCAAUGCAGACAUCCUACCGGGACCUAAUGGAAAUAAUGCUGUAGUGGAUGCAAAAGGGUUCCUCGACACUGUCGCUUUAUUUUUCCCAAAUGUAACCUUAUCGCUGGGAUGGACAACUGGCUGGCACCCUGACAAACACAAUAAAGGCUAUGAUUGGAUGAUGGUGAAAGAAAUGGCCCAGAUAUGCAAUACACUUUCCCAGCCUGUAACUUUCCCGGUAAGAGCAGCACUAGUACGACAAUCACUAUCUGAGCUGUGUUGGUUAAUGCAACAGUCGGAUAGAUACAGCCUCACUAUUUGGACAGGAAAGGAGGAUGUGUAUUCUGUAGAAGAUUUGCUUUACAUCCGAGAAAACUUUGAUAAAAGUAGGGUUUAUUAUGACAUCUUAGAGCCACAAAAUUCCGAAUUCAAAAAAGCCAUAGGAGUAGAAUGGAGAGGACAAGAGUCAAGACUGUAUUAAGUACAGAACUAUGCAGUUCCCAGAGGGGUUUUUUGUAGCUCAUCUUGGCACACUCCAUUUUUAAUGCUGUUGCAAUUAAUAAUGUUCUCACUCCUAGUCAAUAGAAGAUGCUGUGUGCUAUAUGUGAAAAGUGAUAUCCAUGAUCCUACACGUUCCAGGGAGAAGGAAUGGUUAUUUUUACCAAAUUAAAACUAACCAGUUUCUCUGCAACGUGAUAAUUAUACAUUUCACACCAUGGCUUGCCUCUGUGCUUUCUGAGCCAUCAGCAACAUAGUCCUUGGAUUGUGAGAAGGCUGAGUUGGAGUUGUAGCUGCACUUCAGGAGGUGCUGGGGAAACAGAACCCCCAAAAUGAAGAAUAAUCCUGUCCUGUACAUAGAGCACAUAGAUGGAUUACAUUGAGGUAUACAUCAGAUGCAGUGUCAAAAGACCUAUAGUGUUUUAUAAGGUAGAGAAAUGGUGGUGGUCCUUUCAAGAGUUUGAGACUAAAUUAAGUAUAACAGGAGUUACAUAAAAUGUUCUGCUGCAAUCUUUCUGAAAGGCAGACACUCUAAAUGAAAUAGCUGUAUAGUGAUUAGUGCCUGCAGCAAAAAUUGUACAUUUCUGUGAUAGUACAGGUUUUUUUCUACAUUCUCCUGGACUGUGCAUAUUUUUAACUCUAAGAAUAUGAUUUCAAAAAUUUUCAAAAGUUGAACUUCCCUUUGAGAAAAACAAAUCAUUGCAACCCUGUUUAUCAUCUGCAGGAAGAGUCCGACGUAUUUCAUUUCAAGCAUUUUUUGGCUCUCUUGCUUCUGCAUCCCUUAAAAUGAAUACAGAUACUGAAAUCUGUGCAGAUUGAGAUACAAGCUGUGUAUUGUUGUCUUUGCGAAACAUCACAACUUUUUUUUUUUUUUCUUCACAAUGACAGAGGAGAUUUUUAUUUCUAACUGAAUGCUGAUUCUGUGAGGAGACAUUACCCUGGCAUCUUCUUGCCUUCCUUUUCCCAUUCCUCUUGCAUGCAUGAUUUUUUUUAACUUUGAUGUUUUACACAACACUGGACAGGCUGUUAGUGCUAAAGAAUUAAUUACAGCAUUUUUUGGUUCAUACAACUUUUUUUUUAUAGUGUUAGUGCAACUGUGAUAGAAAAGUUAGUUAUAUUUAUUAAUCCUAAAUCUUGAAAUAUGGUGAUUUCAUGCAGUCAUUAAAAUUCAAGAUUCCUGAUUGUUAACCAAGCUCCUUUGCCAGGUUUAUCUAAUAACCCCCAUGGCAGGGGGAUUGGAACAAGAUGAUCUUUGAGGUCACUUCCGACCCAAACCAUUCUAUGAUUCUAUGAUUAUUGAAGGGUAGAGCUUUCAUCAUAUUUGUCACCUACUAAGAUACACUUGGGUAAAAUUAGGAGAUAUUUUUUCCAAAUACGGAAGAAAACUAUCUAGUUUUUAAACAGAGUACUUAAUUUAAUUUACACAAUCAGUCAGUAUGAAUGGCGAUAACCACCAAAAGGUCAAGUUUGGCAGUGUGAUUCCUUUUAAUGAAUUGGGAGAAAUGAUUUAUAUUUUAGUUAACUGUGACAACAUGAUCCGAUUUGAACAGAUUUAACCUCUCAGUUCUUUAUAGCAUGUGUUUCUUUGAGCUUUGCAUGCACACUUUGUUAUACCAUGGGGGGGAGAGAGAUCAACUAUUUCUUAACUAAUCAUAACCAUAGAAAAUACUUUAAAUACUUCAGAGACCCAAAUCAUCUUGACUAAGACAGGUUCGGGAGCUAUUGGAUGAACAGGCGUGCUAACAGAUCUGAUCACUUGGUAUCCUUCUCUGGAUGAUGACCCUUUUACCUAACUACCCAGGAUAUAUUAAUGAUCAAAGCUCCAGUUAAGCCAAAGUUACAGACAUUUCUUUGAAUUUAUAGUACAUGCAAUAAAUUGGUAGGAAAUAGUAUAGUUCAGAGGUUAUUAUUUACUGGGAUAUGCCAUUGAACAAGAAGCACUUAGGGGACGUGAGCCAGUUUUUGGAAUCAAGUGCAUUAGCCAGAAUGAAUCGGGCAGGUGUUGGAAUAACAGAAUUUGCUUUUGAGGGACAUAUAGGAAAUAGCUUGAGGACACAUCACUGUAGCCGUGUUCAUUAUUGAAUGAAAGGUGCCAUUGAAGAGCACUGGGGGUUUUGUGUUAUUUUUAUUGAACAUUUUAGUUCAAGACUUAGUGUAGAUUUCUUUUCAAGAUACUGCUGGUCAUUCAGAAGCAGCAAUACUUUCUAGCUGUACAUUUACUUCUAAUAGAUUUAAGGACAAGAGUAUCUCCUCAUCCUUUUAUUCCACAAUUUAUAUAAAUGUUCAGGACUGGAACAGACUCCUAGAUCUGUUUUAGCUCCUUGUUGCAGGCAGUUACAUUUAUUGACUUGAGGGAUUUUGUCUUUCAGUUGGUUAGGCCUUUUUGCAUCCACACUGGAAAACUUUUCUGUUAUUUAGAAACCUUUUUCCCGCUUUUCAGUUCCCACCUGAUGCAUUAGAAUUUGUUAAAACUGGUUAAACUAUUAAUUAAAAAAUAUUAUCAGCAAUUGCCAGAAGUAUUUUUAAGGAUGCAGACACCAUGGAAGAAAUACCACUAAGUAAUACAUGUGGAUAUGCAUAAACAUGGAUAUUCAGGUAAAAUAAAAAGAGGACAUGAUCUAGAUUACCAGAAAUAUUAAAUAAGGUGACAAGACAUGUAAAACUAGAUUAAACAAAAUGCUGGAAAUUAACUCCAUGAAGCAUUCUUGCAGUGACAGAAAGGUUUGACUCUAUGGUAAAUUUGUUUAUUCUCUAUGGAUUGUCCUGUGUAUUUGAAUUUCUGUAUGUAUUCUUUUUUACCCAUGGAUCUCUUAGUUUCCUGUAAAGUCGUUCAUGUAGUUUACAUCAGCCUGGUCUGACUUGCAUGUAAAUAAAUUCACUGGGAUUAGUUUCUCUGUUUUCAUGCCAGUCUUCAUAUAAAUGCUCUCCUAGUAUAAGAUGCAUUAACUGUUGGGCUGGCAAUAAAAUAAUAAAGGAGAGAUGAAAGCCAGUGAUUUAUUCUGUUGGAAAUAGGGAUCUGUGGCAGUUCUAUGUUACUCUGGCUGUUGCUGUGUUGGGUUUUGGGGUUUUUUUACCUUCUGUCAGUGAUCUAUUCCUUGUACUUAAAACCUUGUUUAGGAGCUAUAUAUUCCGCCACCUCUUUGUGGAAUCAUUUUCUCUAUCAGUGUUGCCUCAUGUCUUGAUAUCUUUCAGCCAGGUUUUUAGACUUAAUUGUCUUUGUCAUUUAAUUUUCAUUAAAAAUCUGGUUGACUUUAAUGGAAUUAGGUAUUGUUCUGGAUGUCCAGGUGAGUUAACUGAUUAAUAAAACAUUUCUAAUUUACUGCAA